AUGAGCAGCGUCCCGAUGAAUUACAAGAUGGCUCCGAUGCGAGAUGUUUAUUACGAAGAAGAGAAAAGAGUUUGCUGCGGAAAACUCUCCUACAAGGUUAGAAACUGAAUCACAGAAGAAUCAAACGAAAGCGGUCAGUUCAGAAUGCGUGUCUUCUCAUUGGCGUUCUGGAAAUAGUCUACUGGAUUUACUACGCCAUCCUCCUUCUCUUUGCUGUAAUUCAUCACCAGAGGGCUUGUAAGUAAUUCAGAAAUCCUCAGAAUCUUCAUCCUUCCUAACUUUUAGGGAGUAUCGUAUUCAUGUCAGUUAACCUGGUGUUCCUGACGGCUCAAGUCACAAUUCUGUUCUACGGAGUCGUCCACGAAGCUCACAAGUAUCUACAAACCCAUCUGAUCUUCCUUGUGAGCUCUCCUCCUCUUUUCUACGAACCAAUUCCAAUUUUCAGAGUCUCACGUUCCUCUGGGAUGUUGUGUUGGCAAUCGGCUUCUUCUGUCUCUCAGUUCUGCCCUACGCAUACACAAACGAUUUUCUGCAGUACAAGGGCAGCGAAUGGAACGCGCGAACGUUCGGAAUCGUGAUGGGAUCUCUGAUGCUCGUCUGGUUCGUCGCCCGAUUCUUCGCCACCGUCGUCAUCUACCGGUACUGGAAACUGCUCAGAGCACUCGAAGGAUAUGGAAAUGGAAGUGAUUGCUGA